UGCUGAAUAAUUCAUGAAGAGCGGAAGGGCUGAAUUUUCCUGGAGUGAUGUACAGUGUACGUACUGUAGUGCAGACAAAAGCUGCAAGGCUUCAUAGCAGCUGCUGCUGUUCUUGUUGCUGUUGAUUGCAGAGUGCUGCUUCUCUUGGUAUUUUCACAGCUGGAGCAUCCUUGCUGCUGCCUGCCCUGAACCAUCCUUGCUUGAUGCAUGCUCUAAGCCAUCCCUGCUAGCUGCUGCCCUGGACCGGCUCUGGACCACCUAUUGUCUGGAUGCUGCUAGCUGCCUGCUCUGAACCGUUCUUGCUAGCUGCCUGCUCUAAAACAUGCCUCUAUCUGCUGAGGAUCCUCCUAGCUGAAUGCUCUGGCUUCUCUCUGCUGCAUGGUCUGUGUCUCUGCUUCACAGCCUCCUGACCAGAUAAGGAUGGGAUUUGCCCAGAGGAGUUGAAGCUGAGCUGCAUUCAACAAGAUGUCCAACUUUUCUUCCUCUUCUGUUUGGAGUGCGAGCUCCUCUCUGCUGCUGCUGUGUGAAGAAUCCGCAGGGACCAGAAUCUCCUUGUCUCUCAUCUAUUCGCUGUUAGCCCUCGUGGGGACCUUAUCCAAUGUGAUGGUCAUUUACUUGGUCUUCUCCUUCAAGAAGCUACAGACCACCAGCAAUGCCUUCAUCGUGAACGGCUGCGUAGCUGACCUGAGUGUCUGUGCCCUCUGGAUGCCACAGGAAGCGGUGCUGGGGCUGUUGCCAGCUAACUCCUCUUCUUCUCAUUCAGCAGAAUACAGGCUGCUGCGGGGUGGGCUCCUUGGCCUUGGCCUCACUGUCUCCCUGCUCUCCCACCUGCUGGUGGCCCUCAACCGGUAUGUGCUGAUCACCAAGGCACCCAGCACUUACCAGGCACUCUACCAGCAGAGGCGCACAGGGUGGAUGAUCGGACUUUCCUGGGGACUUGCACUGAUCUUGGUGCUACUGCUGCCUGGGCUCUGGACACAAUGGCUCUCACAGCAGUCAUCCCAGCAGGAGAUCAGCAGUGCCAGCAGCAGUUCACACUACACUGCCCUGCUGGUAGCGCUGGCCAUGCUCAGCCAGACCGUGCUGCUGCUCCAUUGUUACCUGGGCAUCAUGAGACGGGUGCGGGUCAGCGUCAAACGGGUCAGCGUCCUCAACUUCCACCUCCUGCAUCAGCUGCCCUUCCCUGCUGCCCCACCGCCUGCCCGCCGGGUUCAGCGGCGCCUCAGCAGCAUCUCCGUGCUGCUCCUGUGCUGUGUCUUCCUCCUGGACACCCAGCCUGUGGUCUGGGUGAGCCUGCUGGGCUUCUUCCUGCAGUCCGUGCCCCGGGCACUGCAGGUGACCAGCUGGCUUCUCUUCUGCUCCCUGUCUGCAUUCAACCCGUUGCUCUAUACCUGGAAGAAUGAGGAAUUCAGGCGUUCUGUGCGCUCAGUGCUGCCCAGAGGAGAGACCCCAGCUGUAACUGUGGCUGCAGCUGCAGCAGCUGCUGCCCUCCCCACAGUGUCACUGCCUUGCCAGGAGCAGCCGCGGCUGGGUACCAAAGUUGAGAGCCUGGGGAACCUAGUGCUCCAAUGAUCUGCUUGGGGAAUGCAUUCACUUCCAGAGGUAGCAUCUGACACAUUUGGGAUGAGUGUGAGCGUAGAUGACUCACAGAACUGCACAGCAGAAUUCUCCACUCCCUACGGGAAAGACGUUGAACGCUGCCUUACAGACACAGCCAGGUUAAAAUGUAUAUCAAACCAAUUUCCUUCCCUAUGUAAUCAACAUCACCAGGGAUUUACACGAGAUAAAAGCAUUUUAUACCUCUAAAGUCCCUGUCUCAUGUUGUUAGUUUCUCUUUUGCAUUUCUCUCAGCUUGGACUAUGCCACUUAGACUUGUUUAUGGUUGGUUUCACUUCAUUCUCUGGGUCUUUUACUUUAGCAGGAUGUUGGGGUUGCAAAUGCGGCCUUGUAAAAACAUUUCCAGGGAUACUGUUCUAUAGGUCCUGGAGCUGCUCAAACCCCCUCACCAGAGGGUGGUGCUUAAAUGCAUCAUAGGCAUAUUUAAAUGAGGGCCUCAGGGUUCUAGACAGGUACCCAGAAGUUGGGAUACUGAUGCAAACCUGGGGCAGCCCCCACGACCCUCCAUCCCACAAAUCCUCGGCACAUCCGCUUGGGUGGAUGCCCCCUGAAAUGUAUUUGGAGAAGGGCAGCAGGUUCACUCCUCUGCUUGCAUCUUAAGGGGAGGAUGUUAUGCCCGUUCCUCUCCUCCAGUUUCUCCCUUCACCCUGAAGGUUGGUGGGGCUUCUCCAUCUUUCUUUCCCCACCUACCCCUUUGAAGUCCCUCUC